ACGUCGGAGCUAUUUGAAUCCCGGACCGGAAGCUCACUGAAUCUGAAAUUUCACACAUGUGUUGGGUUUUGCUCGCAGACCCACUGAUAUUUGUAAUUUUAGCCGCUCGUAGAUAACCGGAUUAUUGCAUCUAGAGGUUGUAUCUGAGUUUGUUGCAGCUGCGAAGGAGAGAUGGCGGAGAUCGUUCAACACAGGAUCGAGGAGAGGAUCCCUGAACUGGAGCAGCUGGAGAGAGUGGGACUGUUUACCAAGAAAGAAGUCAAGUAAGACAACACUGACACUCUUCAAUCAACAUUAUUACUGUGUCGGUGCAAUGAUGAGAUCUUGUCACAGGAGUAGUCAUCCAGCAGAGACAUGUUCAGUGUUGGCUGUUUAAUUGUAAAUAGAUAGAUAGGAGUUAGCAGCAAUAAAAUUAAAUAUAAGAAGUACGUACAAUAAAGACUUUGCUUUUUUUUGUCAGGAACCUCCAUUUCAACAAAUUAAAAAUUAAAAAUACAAACUGACUAAAUUAUAAAAUGCUCUUACUAAGAUUAUGGGACUUUUCGUGUUAGGUUUGCUGUUGACCCAGUUAGAUCAAUAUCUAAUAAUCAGAGCAAAAACUGAAAUCAUAAGUGCACUGUCAGGCACCACACUGACAGUCAGAUCCUCUUCCAGUCAUGAGAGAUUUAGGAAGGUCUCAUUUUGCCUGUUUUUCCCAGCACAAAACAACAUCGGGUGUGUCCAGACUUAUGAGAUCAAUUCAAUAUAGAUGUCUGUAUGAGGGGUAUGCUGACAAAGAAGGGCUCAGAGGCCUGCUACAAAAAAUAUUAUAAUCAAUAUUUUCAUGGAUAAUGAAGCCUAACAAGGUAACCUAGAGAUGAGUACCAAAUUGGAUGAUAGAGAACUGUUUUUAGUGUAAUUUACAGCUGAUUUAAGACACGCUUCGAAACCGACCCUAAACAUGGUGGUUGCAUAGUAAAAGCUAACACUGGAGGAAAGUUAAACAAAUUUCAUUCUAGUCUCAGUUCCCUCUUCAUGUCCCCACGACUGCAGCUGAAAAAAUAUUUUAAGAUUAAAUAUUUAUCCCAAUAACAAAAUAUUGAAAUAAUGACGAGACUGUUCAUGAGAAAAAGGUUUGUUAUGUGAUAUCUGAGUGUCUCUGAACAACAACUGCAUCAGUCAAAAUAAGGCUCAUUGACCCAAGGAGGCCUUGAAGGAUUUUCAAUGCAUUUAAAGCAAUGUAAUUUAACUAUUCUUAUUAAAUUUAAUCAAAUUCUAACAGAAAAAAUAGUAAUCUCUCGAAGAAAAAAAGUAAUAAAAUGGGUGUAAGUAGUUAAUUAUGUUUGUAAUAUGUUGUUUUUUUAAUCACAAUUUUAGAUCCAUUAUAAAGAGAGCAACAGCCCUGGAGUACAAGCUUCACAGGUUGAUGGUUAACAAAGAGGACUUCAUUGCAUACAUUCAGGUGAAGGCCGUUAAUGUGUUUUUGAUAAUGAAAUAAUGAAUGAUGUAUCACCAAAAUGUAUUCAUAUUCAUUUAUUUGUGUUUUUUUACAGUAUGAAAUCAAUGUUUUAGAGCUGAUCAAGAAGAGAAGAGCAGUAAGUUACAUUGUGAUUCAUACUUUGAGGGAAAUAUUAUAUAGUUCUUUCAAUUUGUUGCUUUAAAAUUUUGUUUAUGCUCAACUGCUGUAUGUUCAUGAAAGGACAGAGUUGGACAGCUCUGAACAACACCUGCAUCUUUUUCAAUGUAGCCUGAAAAUGUCACAUCGCCUAACUGUGGCUGACUUGUGCUUUUGCAGCACAUCCAUUACCAGUUCAAAAGAGAGGAGAUUGAAUAUCCCAUCAUCCACAGAAUUAACAGUGUCUUCAGGAGAGCUACAAAGAAGUGGAAGGUAUCGUAAACAUACAUUAACCUUUUUUUUUUAAACUGAAAUUUGUAUUUUACUUAUUGAACAUGCAGACUGAGAUUUUCCCUGAUUUAUUUCAUCAACCUAAUCAUCAUUCUUGACAAAAAAAGGUAAUAUUCGUAUAAAACAGGUCUACAAAUUGAAUGCAUGGUAAUGUAAAUGCCAUUUCAGACUGCCUCCUUUAAAAUCUCAACAUAUGAUGGGAUAUCAUUUAUGCAGAGCUUUAAAUGAAUUAAUUAUUUAGUAGGAAUUAAUUAAAACCCCUUUUUUCUGCAGGAUGAUAUACAGCUCUGGCUUUCGCAUGUAGCUUUCUGUAAGAAAUGGGUAUGUAUAGAUCUCAUCUCUUAUUUAAAAGCACAGACAUUUCUGCUCUUUGCUCCCAGUAAUAUUCUCUUGGUUCUCCUCACCAGGCCACCAAAAGCCAGAUCAGUAAGGUGUUCUCAUCCAUGCUUGCCAUACAUCCUGACAAGCCAGGUACAGAAGCUGUUUCUUUUUUUAUCCAACUCACACAAAUGCUGCCAGCUGUUGCAUUUAAAUUCAAUUACCUCACCUGCUAAUGCAGUCGUUUGUGUCUUAAUGCUUCUUUCUCUACAGCCAUUUGGAUAAUGGCAGCCAAAAGUGAGCUAGAGGACAGAAGUUCCUCUGAAAGUGCAAGACAUAUUUUCCUGAGGGCCCUGCGCUUUCAUCCAGACAACAAAAAAGUCUAUCUUGAGGUAAAAGACGUCAAAAUUGUUGUUUUUUAUUUAUAUUUCGAACAUACAUUUAAAUAAUGAAACUGUGAUAAACCUAUUUGCUCGAAAAAAAUGAUUGUGUUUGUGUAUUUGUCAAAAAGUCUUUUCUAAUAUUCCUAAACGACUCUGCUGUAGUAUUUCCGCAUGGAGCUGCUUCAUUGUGAGAAACUGAGGAAGCAGAAAGAAGAGCUUGAGAAGGCUGAGAUGGACCUGGUGAGUGGCCACAAUGUUAACUCAAACUGAGGGAAAUGUUCACAAAGUUCACAAAUGUUCAAGCAGUUUGCACUUUCCAUCCGUUUGUCUUUUUCUAAAUUUUUCUUUCCUAAUUCUUCAAGGGCGAAUAUGAGUUUUCUCCAGAGAUUCUGAAUGCCAGACUGGCUGAGGUUGUUUACAAAGACGCUUCAAGCAAAAUCAAAGGUGGGCAAAAACCAUUACAACUACAACUACAAAGAGUUCUUUUGAAAUUAAAACUGUAUGUAAAAAGAUCCAGAAAGAGUCCAGAAAUCUGGUCUUUUAACUUUGUGUCACUUCUGUUUUUGUCCAACAGAAGCAGAUUUUGUCAUCUCCCUCCUGAACAUCGCAGCCAUCUUUGACUUCACCAAAGAACUCCAGGACCAUAUCCUCCAAGAGUAAGGCACCAGAGUUUCUUCGUCAUCUACACUUUGUGUUUCAUUGAAAGACUUUUAUCUUUGAGCAAAUACAUACUUUCUUGUUUGCAGUCUACAGGCCAACUUCACAGAAGACAGCAUGACGUGGGAUUUCAUGGCAAAGAGGGAGCUGGAGGCUGCAGGAGUCGGGGAGGAGCUGCAUUCAGCUAAAGCCCGAGCCUCAGAUAUCAACCGCAGAGAGGAGCGCUGCUGCCAGGUCUAUGAAGAGGGAGUAAGGGGCCUUAAUACUGGUAAGACCUCAUGCAUAUAUUCAAAAAGAGCAAACAGGCAAUGAGUUUUAUGUCUGGUUUUCAUAAUUUUUGGAUUUUAUUAGUAGUUGUUUUUUCUUGAAAUAAGUAAUUCACAUAUACAAAGUCAUACUUACAUCCCCUCGUUUUGCCUUUAUAUGUCAUAGAUGUCCAUUAAAGAAUAUAAUCAUUUGGCUCUCUAAAAUCUGCAUAUACAUAUUAAUGAACUGUACUCAGCCUAUUUGAUCAAUCAUGAUUAUAAACCAUUGCUGUACUUGUGGUUUUGUGCUCCAGAGUCCAUGUGGACGUACUAUGCUGCCUUCUGUUUGGAAAAGCUGAAGAGGAAGACCAACGUGCAAGAGCUGAAGGAAAAGGUAGAUGUAUCAUUUUUAUUGGGGGAUGUAGAUUUAAACUGCAUUGUUGAAUAUUGGUAGUUUCAGUGUCAUCAAAGAUGGAUGUUGAAAAAGUAAAUCCUGACAUUUUUUUGUGUGUGUGUGUGCAACAGAGGCAGGAGAGGCUGCUGGGAGUUCUUCAGCGCGCCCAUGACUUGUCACUGCUGAAAGAGGAGUACUAUAAGAACUGGGUAAAUUCUUUCUUCCGUGUUUUUUCAAGAAUAAAGGCACUGGGUCCUACUGAGGCAGCCCAGCCCCAGUGGCAUACUCAGUGAGAUCAAGGGGCAGGGUAGCAAAGAAUCUAAAGUGACACUAGCACACAAAAGUUGUCAUCAAUGAGGAUCAUCCCUCUAAUGAUACUUUGAGUUGGCUCUUCAGUAUCUGCCUCUCUUUGGCGUUCUGUCAUCAUUAAGUAGUUGCACGGGCCAAGAGAGUUCUGUUGACAUAUUGAGACAGAAGUGUUGACACAUGGUCUUGGGGUCCCGCCCCAGACAUUUUUGAAUAUCCUACUCUUAUUCCCGGCAUUCUGAUGAAUAUUUAUGCAACAUUUAGUGGUGGAAAUUUGACUGUUUGAAAGGAAAACACAAAACUAUCGAGACAGAAUCGACCAAAAAAGCCACUUCCUCCACGAAGCUCAGAUUUAAGUUUGUUAUUUACCACAUGGUCAUUUUAAAACUGAACAGUGUAAUGGAACAGUCAGAUAAUGAAAUAGUAGAAUCCUGUUGACUGAUUUAAUACUUGAUUUAAAAAAAAAGAGACUUUGUAGAGUCUAGAUUACACUGAAGUGAAAGUAUAUAAAGUAUAUAAAUCAGCUCAAAUCACAAACAGGGCACUUUAUCAUGUUUCAUUCAUUGAGAGACCAUCCAGGGGUGGGGCGUUUUCAUAAUCUACUCCAUCUGAACAGCCUUUUGUGACACCCACUUGAUGCCAAAAUAAGAAUUAAAACUUUAAUGAGCAAACAAGUAAUUUAUGACUUUAUCUGACUGAUAUUCUUGAGCAGUUUUUAUUUUAGUGAGUAGUUGCAAUAAUUCAGCAAUGAUCACAAGAAGUGGCUCAAAUAAUCCUUUAAAUUUAGUUUAUCUACGUUAAAUAAGUUUGUCUUCGAUUUUUGUUUAAAGUUGCAGAUCCUUCUUUCAUCUGGAGAUGCUGAGGGAGCUACUAGUGUUGCCAUGGCAGCCACACAGCGCUACAGCCAAUCAGUGACGGUGUGGAGCCUGAGUCUACAGACACUUAUACAUCUAGGAAGUGGAGAUCUGGGGAAGCUGUUCCAGAACGCUCUCGAAAAUGUUAUUCCCAAGGUACACACGCAGAGAAAAUUUGUUCUCAAUCGCUGUGAGUUUGAUGGUUUUCACUGUUAAGAAUGAACACAUGCGCAACAACAGCUGUAGUGUGCUAAUCCCAAGGUACACCGCACUUUCUCUCUCUCUCUCCGUCUCCCUGUCCCUCUUACACCUUACACACACACACACACACACACACACACACUAAUAUCAGCCACUAGCAUUGAUGUAUAAGUGGGCCACCUCCCUGGUCCAAUUACUCUUUAUUCCAUAUUAAGGUCUUCAAAUGGCUUUCUGCACCUCCUUGUGUUCCAGGGGAGGCUGGAGAUGUAUAAAAAAAAAUAAUCCUUUAGACCUUCAGGUGAAAACUGGAGGAGAAGUGCAUGGAGGACUUGUGUAUUCUAAGUUGAGUUAAAGUUGAAGUGAAACUUAAAUGAACAAAAUUACUGUGAAAACUUGUCAAGUCCAGGUUUGCAAGUUUAAACGGGGAGCAAAGUGAUACGUUUAAGGCUAGUGGGGCUGUAAUCAACCAAAGAAAUUCUCGGUCAGCUAAAACCCUGAAAUUUUCUACAAAAAAGUCGACUAAUCAAAGGGGUUUCCGACUCUGACCUCUGACUGCAAAACCUUCUGCGGCAGGGGACGACGCUGCUUGGUGCGGCACGGCUCAUCGGGGUGAAAAUAUACAGAUAUAAGCACAAGAAGGCAAUUAAACACUAAAGACAAGUUGAAAUGCGAAAAAUAUAUAUAUUCAGCAAACCACCGGACGCAAUUUUUUUUUUGUAGGAUGGUAAGGGAAGGUUCCAGCCUCCUUCGCCUCUGAUUGGCUAGAAAUGAUGGGCUCCGAUUGGUUAUUCCUUAUGGCUGUAAAACGUCAUUGUCUGUCAGGUUAAAAUUAGGGUUAGGAUUAGAAUUAGGGUUAGGGUUAGGAGAUUCAGAAGUACGAUAAUAUUCUGUACGAUGUACAGAGUUGGCAGCUCACGUUUGGCUUGAGCAUGUGAUGACAUUUCCAGCUUUUCUAGCCAAUCAGAGGAAAAGGAGGUGGGACUUUCCCCUACCCCACCAAAACAAAUAUCGCCCACUGGAAGUCGAUUAACGCUCUUAAAUCUUCUGGUCUCCGGUGGGUUGGGCGAAUCCAAAAUGGUGAAAACAAGGGAGGGGUUCUGAGACGGACUUUUACCUGUGAAAUGGGGGUGCUCUGAAAAUACCCCCAUUAGCACUUGGUACGUUCCUCUGAAGAAAUUAACCAUAGACUGUGAAUUGACAAGGAAAAAAUCAAGAUUGGUCAACUCAGCACGUAUCAACCAAUGAGUCAACCAGGACUCUACAGCCCUAAAGACCAGUUAUGUUACUUUCUCUGAUAAAAUUGUGCUCAGUACAACUUUUUGAACAACACGUAUAGAAUAAUACAUUCCAGUACAGGUUGUAUUAUUGUACUUCAGCCUCAGGCCUUUGUAAUAGCAGGAAGAAUAGCUGGUUGUUAUUGUGGUGGGGGUUAAACAGCCUCUGCUGUGAGAGCUGUGUGAGGAGGAUUACUACAUGCUGCUCAUUAGUUAAGUCUUUUCUCUUAAGAUAAACUCUCUCUCUCAGUGUGGGGAAAUAGUAUAAACCCUCAGGGGUUUUCAUCGGAACAAUAAGUUGUUUUCAUUAUUUCACAGCUCAGAAGUGUGAUUGAAAUAAUGACGGAAAUGUAAAAGUUCUCUCUUAAAUUAGUUUGAUGUUGAAUUAACUAUCUUAAGGCUUUUGCAGCUGUUCAGUAAACUGCUGAGAGUGUAAUAAGGGGAUUUGUCUCUUAGGAACAACACCAGGACACUCAUACAAACCCUACAUGCUUUGGUGUGUUUGCUUCAGAUGUUUGACUCCAUAAACAGCACUUUUCUCCGCUUGGUGCAGCGGGAGAGCAAUUUUCCCUUGAGCAAAACACCGGUUAGAAGCCAACUAAUGGCCGAAUCUUCUCUGUCUGUUUCUGAUAGGAGAGUCUACCUCUGUGGCAGCUGCAGGUCCAGUGGAGCGUGGCCAACCAGAGUCCUGAGGAGACAGAAGCUGUCUUCAAGGUAGUCCAGCUGAACUUACCCUCUGAAAGUACAGCAAAGUGUGCCGUCACUGCAACCCAUAUCUGUGGAUAGCAUUUGCAUUUAUGUCUUUCUUUAAUAUAUGACUUGUCCAUAUCUGAAUGAUCGGACAGGAGUAAAUAGCAUAAAUAAAAGUAGAAUAUGAACGUCUGUACUGAUAAGCUUCGGUGUCCAAGUUCUGGUGCUGUCCUUGCAGAUGAAAAGAUCCGUCUCCCCUCAUGCCUGCUCAGUGUUUCUGCCUCCUCAGAAAUGAGACUGUGUCUCUGACAAUAUUUUCCCCUGUUUGUUCCCAGAGAGGUCUUCUGUCUGCUGUCGCUGCUGUUUCCAUGGAGAUGAAAGAGAGCUACCUUGAUUGGUCGUUCUCCACUGGAGGCUACAAAAAAGCGAGGAAGACUUUUAUAAGGUAAAAACAAAUGUGUCUGUCUGACCCGUUUGCUUUUAAUUGAAAUGAUAAAUAGCAGAAACAACAAUGUAAAUUUAAUUAGAGCCAGAACAGUGUGGUAAAUAGAAACUCUAGGACUGUAAUUCUCUUGGUAUGAAGCUCUGGAUUUUAAGCCUUCUUUUGCUCGCUAGCUUACAGGAAAACCGUCCCCUGUCCAAGGCCUUUUUUACCAAAAUGAUUCAGCUGGAGAAAGAGCAAGUAAGUACAGAAACUGUCGGCACACAAAAAACCCCACUUUCAGGACUAUAUUUUAAGUCUCUUAACUGACAAAAGGACAAAAAAAGAGAUGGUGGACUUUGAUGUGUUUGCAUAACUGAUAAGCUGUUGAAUGAGUGCAUUGUUUUGCUCUUUUAGGAGACUCCAAAGAUGAACAAUCUAAGAGAUUACUACGAGAGAGCCCUUCAGGAGUUUGGCACUUCAGAUGACGGUAAAAGAAACACAUUAAAAAGAGAAGAAUCGAAUAAAAAAAUAGUGUUAGUCCAAAAUAUUUAUUCAUAUUAUUUUGUUAUUCAAGUAUAAAGGACCAAACUCAAUGUAACAGAACAGCUUUAACCAAAAGACACAUUAGAGCCAAAUACUGUGAUUUAUUUGACCAGAUGUUGUUUGGAUCAAUUCUGAAGGAGACACUCAGAAUACGUUCUUGGACAAAUCCUGGAUCUCACAUAAACUAUUGGUCUGGUUUCAAAGAAGAGGCUGUCAGAUGGGGUGUGGGAAGAUUUCAAAAAAUGUUAAUUUCCCUGUAGAUCUGUGGCUGCAGUACAUCCAGGAAGAGCUGGGACCCCUUGGACAGCCAGAGAACUGUGGGAAGAUCCACUGGAGAGCCAUGAAGUUCCUGGAGGGGGAGAGUGUUGAGAGUUUUACUUCCAAAUAUACCCUUCUUCAGAGUGGACACUUAUGUGAAUCCUCGUAGAAGGCCGAUGACGGUCUGUCAUGUCUGAUGAUGGUAAAAGAUCCAAAAACUGUGCGAGAGUUUAUCAGCUUGAAGAAGCCCACACAUGGUUCACAGCAGGUGUUCCUCUCAGUCUUGCGGAAAGCUGCUGCUUGGACUAUCUAUGAACUGUCCCAGCUGUUCCAGUUUCCUUAUGUUGGCUUUCCUGCAACGUUGAAUAACAAGUUCUUGGAAAUUCGCAAUUGCAGCCUCAUGAUUUUACUGCUGUAAUUUACAAUGUGAACCAAUUUUCCAGUUACAUUUACAACAGUAGGAGUUGAUUUUGAUACCGCUCUUCGCAGUUGAGCUGAAUUCUAUGUUCAUUUGAUAUGAAAAAAGUAAUACUGUUAUUAAAAGAGUAGUAAAAACUAUCUUAAACUCUAAAUUUGUUUAGUUGUGGUCCCUCUGAGACAGAAAACAAUGUACACAAACACACAACCUCUUCCUGUUUUUCUAUCUUUGAAGCUCAUGUUAAUUACUUUUACAAAAUGUUAUAAUCCUCUUCAGUACCAACAAUUUCUAAAAAUCCCACCCUCCACGGCACUAAUUGUUAUUUGAAAAACAAAAUCAUGACCGUUAGCAUUAGCUGCAGGAGCACUAUAUGACAGUUGCAUCUAAAACUUUCAGACUGGCUAAAAAAAACUACUCAAACAUAUACAUUCACAUAUUUUAAGGACACUUUGUUCAAGUUGUGUUUUGUUAAAGCAGCAGCUUCUACAGUAAUCUAACAGUUAUGAGGUAUCAAAAACACUAAAGGCAAGAAGCUCUAAAAAUGAACCACGAUCACAUACAAUUUUAACAUUUACACAUUUGAUAGGAUUUCUCUUAUUUGGCAUGUGUUCAUCUAGGAACUAUACUGGCCUAUUUAGUAAGGUAAAUAAAAAGAAAAUCAUGGUCAAUUUGAGAAAUAUACACAACGUAUUCAUCUGUUGUAAGACCUUUGAAUAGAUAUCUCCAGGGAAAUUAGUGCAAAUAUGAAAACGGAAAAAAGCAGAAGUUACUGUGGCGAAAAUGAUGUUCAAUAAUGAUCCCUUUAGAAAAUAGUUGAAUGAAGGUAAAGAUACAAAUUCUUCCAGCUGAAGACUGACUCGAGCUGGUUUUAUUAGUGUUACUACUUCGGUGUGUACUUGUGGUUUCUGGUGGGGUCAGCAGGAGGAGAAAAUUGCAAUAGGUUACUUUUGGCCAUUCAUAAAGAGCAAAACUGGCCAGUAGACAAAUAGUGCUGAUAUGGUGGACUUUCAUGCCAAUACUGGAUAUUUUAGAAGUGUGUUAAGAACAUACUGUAGUCAACAUCUUUGGCUUGUAAAUUCUUCAGACACUUUAACUUUAUAAGGAAUCAAAUUUUAGGUGAAUCAGUCGACUAUCUUGGUAGUAAAGCUAUUAAGUUACCUUCACCCCAAAACUGAGUGCAAAUUUUAAAAUAUUAAGCAAUGUCAAAUAAAAUGAUCAGAAUCAGUACAUAAUCUAAAACGGCAUAAACUACCAGACCCAGUUACUCCACACAGAUCUUAAUGUUUUUUAAAUCAGAUAAUAAAUUAAUAACUUCACUUUCUCAGUUAUUUCUGGUCUUAUUUUUACAUAAUGUAUGCCACUGCAUGUUCUAGGUCCCAUCUCCUCCCACAGAAAUGUGUUAUAUCAAAUGUGUACUUGAUCAUAUGGGCACCAGUGUCUCACUGCACUUAGUCCACCUCCCCUAUGCCCCCCCCCCCC